UUGUAAGGAAGCUGAACAAAAGCCUGAAGCAUUUGACUGCAGGCCAUGACAACAGAGCCCUGGCUGCUUCUGAUCUGCUCAAUGAACGCGUUUCCCUCGUUUCUCGGUAAUUCACUCCGAGCUCAUCUAGUAUUAUCUGAGCUGGCUGAGUGGGUAGACAAAUAAGGUAAACUCCAGUCCUCACGUGUCGACACCAACCUAAAAUUAACCCAGCGAACAGCUGAGCGCUCGAGUGAGUGUGUGUUCAUUCACUGGCGUCCACACACACACACACACACACGCAGGCGCGCGCGGCUCGAGCGUCUUUGUCUGUGUGACAAUAACAGGAUGACACGAUUCUCUUAUGCCGAAUAUAUCGCAUUAUUUCGAUCAAGCGACACAAAACGAAACUCGUCGCCGCAGAAAACAUCAUUAUCAUCAGGAGGAGCCGCGAACCGGGACGAGACAGACCCGCCACAAGUCCGCUCUUCUGUCAGAACAGCACAUGUGCAGAGCGCGAGUGAAGACGACUGGACGGCUCUGCAUGAAGCGGCUCACCGCGGCCAGACGCACUGCGUGAGGACUCUGCUGACAGAUCCUGGCGUGUGUGUGGACAAACGCACGCUCCAGGAGCAGACGCCGCUGCUGCUCGCCCUUCACGGGCCACACCUGGAGUGUGUGAGGAGUCUUCUAGAAGCAGGAGCCGACCCUGACAUCAGCAACAAAAACAAAGAGACGCCUCUUUAUAAAGCGUGUGAGCAGGAGAGCAUCAGCGCGGUGAAGCUGCUGCUGGCGUUCGGCGCGGCGGUGAAUCAGCGCUGUUAUCGCGGCUGGACCGCGCUGCAUGAGGCGGCGAGACGAGGCAACGCUGCGCUCUGUGAGACGCUCCUGCGGGCCAGAGCCGCUGUAGACGCCCGCAACGCCGACGACAUCACACCCGCCAUAGAAGCGGCUCGACACGGACGCACUGACGCGCUGGCGCAGCUGAUCCGGAACGGUGCUGGUGUGAACGCUCAGACGUGUGACGGGAACACCGCUUUAACUGAAGCCUGCAGACACGGUCACACAGAAACCGUGAAGCUUCUGCUCAAACAUCACGCCGACGCCAACAAAGCCACCAACGCCGGCCUUCUGCCACUGCACAUCGCCAGCCAGCACGGGCACGACGAGAUAGUUUCCUCACUGCUCCCGGUCAGCAGCCGGGUGAGGGUCCGGCGGAGCGGUAUCUCUCCGCUUCAUCUGGCGGCGGAGCACGACCGGCGGACCGUUCUGAGUCUGCUGAUUGAGUCGGGAUUCGACAUAAACAGCAAACUCUCUCCGGAGCGCUCCGCAGGGUUCCAGGACCGGCGUGUCUCGGUUCUGUACUGUGCCGUCGCUGCCAGGAACACGAGGGCCGCCGCCGCUCUGCUGAGGGCCGGAGCCGACCCCAACACUGACCCCUGCAGCCCGCUGCUGCUAGCGGCGCGUCACGGCUGUCUGGAGACCGUGGCGCUGCUGCUGGAGCACGGAGCCCAUGUGAACGCUAGCCCGGCCGCGGGUUUCCCAGCGCUGCUGCUGCACACUCAUCAGCUGGACCUCCUGCAGUGUCUGCUGGACCACGGCUGCGACGCUCGGGCCUGCUUUACCUGCGACACACACCACACACACCUCAGAGCUCGCACCGGCGCCACUGACGCAGAGUUAAAGUUUUGUGACUGGAUCUCGUCGUCCUGCUGGAGGCACACGGCCGGCCGGCUCAUUGAUUUGCUGCUGGACUAUGUAGGAAACGUUCAGCUCUGCAGCAGCAUCAGAGAUCUCCUUCUGGACCAACCGGAGUGGACCAGCAUUAAGGAGAAAACAUCGUCUCCACGAGCCCUGACGCAUCUCUGUCGGCUGAAGAUCCGAGAGCAGCUGGGGCCCCGGAGACUGAGAUCUGUGGAGUCGCUGCCGCUGCCCGGCCCCAUGCUGCGGUACCUGAGCUCCAGGGGCCUUUAGCACAGCACCGACUCACUCGCGCACUCCUGGCUUUUGUGUAUUUAUAUAACUUUUAAUUUAUCUUGAUGUUUUUUUAAAGUAUUAAAGCCCCAGUGUUAAACUAACACUCCCGGUGUUUAUAUAAUUCUCACUCAGCGUGUUAAAAAAGUAACACUGAAGCAGUGAAACAUUAAUGAGAAUUAAGCAUUAAUGAAGAACAGCUGCUGCUAACAAACUGAAUCACUGAAAGAAAGAGAAACAAGAACAGAACGAGAACUUUUUUAACACUGAGGGAGAAUUAUAUAAACACUGGGAGUGUUAGUUUGAUUGAUGUUUGUGCUUGACACAGAGUUUGAUGUAGAUUGAUUAUCUGAAAAUACUGAUGUGAUGGUGUUCACAGAAUAAACGUGCUCUCCUCUUUCA